CAUAACCUAAAUAAACUCCUCAGUCCUCCCUGCCUACAAACUUAAAGUUAAAGUUAUUAAUUGAUGUGCUUUUUAUAAACAAACGAAAAGCUUUCAACUUAUAAACACAAAAACCUCGAACCACAUAAAAAAAACUAAUGGCGGCUUUGUAUAAGAAUAUACACCCAGUAAAAUAUUAUCGUGAUUAUUUGUCGCAAGACAUUAGGCCAGAUGGUCGAGGGCUGCUAGAAUUUCGGCCAGUGACAAUCAAUGUCGGGACUAUUGGCACAGCCGAGGGCUCGGCGAUCGUCAAGAUAGGCAAUACCACAGUAGUGUGUGGCAUCAAGGCGGAGCUGUUCACUCCCAAGGCAGAAGAGCCAGACAGGGGCCAGAUUGUGGCCAAUGUUGAACUCCCAGCUCUCUGUUCUUCUCAGCUAAAACCUGGUCCUCCCAGUGAUGAUGCCCAGGUGUGCAGUGGCUUUAUGGACCGUCUCCUUACCUCCAGCCAAGUUGUAGAUACUAGACAGCUGUGUAUCUGUCCAGACAAGUUAGCUUGGGUUCUUUAUUGUGACUUUGUAUGUCUAAACCAUGACGGUGCAGUUAUCGACGCUUGUGUUCUCACUCUUGUAGCCGCUCUUAAAACUGUCACAUUGCCUGAAGUGGAGUAUAACCCAGAGACCCAAGCCAUCUCAGUAAACGACUCGGUGAGAAAACCUCUACAAGUGGAUACAUUCCCUGUGGCGACCACCUUUGCCAUAUUUGACUCACACCAGAUCUUGGCAGAUCCCAAUGAUGAGGAGGAGAGGUUUGGCACUGGAGUAAUCACUAUCAUGGUUCAAGACGGCAAGAUGAGCUCCAUACACAAACCUGGUGGUAGCCCUGUAACACAGGCUCAGCUGGAAACUUGUUUCUCAAAAGCGAAAGAGCACGCCGAUCAUCUCCAGAAAAUGGUAAAAACUGCUUUUAAUGCGUCACCUGAGAGAUAAAAUUGUUUUCAUUUUGUAAGUUUGUAAUUAAAUUUUGAAUUCUCAA